AUGUCCGAAGAGCAAAGCAAAAGCGAAGUUUACGGUGAUCCCACGGAAGCAACCCACCAGGAAGAGGACGAUGCAGAUGCUCUUUUGGCUUCACUCGAGGAAGAAGAUGAUUCAUGUUACCGUUCUCGAAGGCUCCAGGAACUCCGCUCCGCGAGCGAGGCUGCGAAAGCGCCAAGAACUCUCACAGCUACAAGUAAGGCAUUCAUUACAUUGAAAAGCGACGACGAAGCACUCAGCUUCACCACACAGCAUGAAAGGGCGGUAGUCCAUUUCUUUCACCCUGAGUUCGCUCGAUGUAGCGCAAUGGACGUGCAUUGUGAGAAGAUUGCAGAGACACACGCACAGCAGCAGGAAGCAGACGUGUCUUUUGCAAGAAUCGAUGUCAAGAAUGCGCCAUUUGUGGUAGAAAAACUCGGAGUCAGAAUUCUACCAUGUGUGAUUGGCUUUGUGAAAGGAGUUGUUAAAGGCAAAGUCACUGGAUUUGAAGGAUUAUGCUGGGAUGGGAAGGAGGAGAGUUUCGCCGUUACUCGCGCUCUCGAGGAUACGCUGAUAAAUUGGACUGUAUUGAAGAAGAGGUAUAUUCUUGGUCACUUGGACGAUGAUGACAGUGAUCAUGAUAAUGCAAGGGAGGCAUUCCACGAAGGUCGACGAGGGAUUCGUGAUCGCAAAAAGACGGCAGCGAACGACGACGACGAUGAAUGGGAUUGA